AUGAAAACGAUUUUCCCCGGCACGGAGAAGAUGGUGCUGAAGACAUUAUUGGUCAUGUUUGUCCUUGGAACGAGCAGCUGGUCCUGUGCAGGGUUCCCGGUGUAUGACUACGACCCGGCCUCGCUGCGGGCAGCCCUGGGCGCGUCGGUGGCAGACGUGAACGCUCGCUCCCUGAGCGCCUACCUGUUCCGGGCCUUCAGGAGCUCCGUAAAGAGGGUCAGCGUCCUGGGUGAGGACAGCUUGAGCAUGGAUAUAGAGUUCAGCAUUCGAGAGACCACCUGCAAGAGGGACUCUGGGGCAGAUCCCGCCACCUGUGACUUCCAAAGGGGCUACUACGUGCCCGCAGCCACCUGCAGGAGCACCGUGCGGAUGUCAGCCAAGCAGGUGCAGGACGUGUGGGUCCGCUGCGGCUGGUCCUCCAGCUCCGAGUCGGACAGCAGUGAAGAGAUGGUUUUUGGGGGUCUAUUGGGAUCCUCUACGUGGAGAAACAAUUAUCUAUUUGGCCUCGUUCCCGACACACCCAGAAGUGAGCAGUUUCAGGAACGGUCACGCGAGAUCAUGAGAAGGGCCUUCCCGCCUGGAAACAGAAGGCACCCAAGCCAGUGGCCCAGAGCGAGAGCAAACACUGGCCUCGAGUAGCAGCCUUGAGCUGCUCCUUAGACCAGCCUGAAUCCCUGUGAGUGGCCGCAGCCCUUCCUCUGGACCUUCCCUUUUUGAGACGUGAACUUCCUAUCUGGGGCUGUGUCUCCUUUACCCG